CUUCCCUACCAACCAAUUCGCCAUCAGGAGGAGAGGAGGCGAUUAGGCGACUGACUGACCUUAGUGUUAGUACUCUUACCAUGGCAGGAAUUUUGAAAUUGUGCAGUGUCUUGGGGAAGAAUUCUGCUUUUGCUAGCGUGAGUGCAGUGGGAAGACCUGUGCUCACCACCAGGAAGAUCCAUUUUACUGUCGAUGGCCAAAACUCUGCUAAACCUGGAGAGAAUAUCUCCCGGGACUACCCUGUGAUUGACCACACGUAUGAUGCGGUGGUGGUUGGUGCCGGAGGUGCAGGGCUGCGCGCUGCGUUUGGUCUAGUAGCCGAGGGUUUCAAGACAGCCGUCAUCACCAAGCUGUUCCCCACCAGGUCUCACACUGUUGCUGCUCAGGGAGGCAUCAAUGCAGCCCUGGGCAACAUGGAGGAGGACAACUGGCAGUGGCACAUGUAUGACACUAUCAAGGGUUCUGAUUGGCUGGGGGACCAGGACGCUAUCCACUACAUGACCAGGGAAGCCCCUAAAGCUGUCAUCGAGCUUGAAAACUACGGUAUGCCGUUCUCACGAACAAACGAUGGUAAGAUCUACCAACGAGCUUUUGGAGGUCAGAGUCUUAAGUUUGGCAAGGGUGGCCAAGCGCAUAGGUGCUGCUGUGUGGCAGAUAGGACAGGCCACUCCCUGUUGCACACCCUAUAUGGCCAGUCACUGCGCUAUGAUUGCAACUACUUCAUUGAGUACUUCGCUCUCGACUUGAUCAUGGAGGGAGGCGAGUGUCGGGGAGUCACUGCUCUCUGCCUUGAAGAUGGAUCCAUCCAUCGAUUCCGUGCUAAGAACACGGUGCUAGCUACUGGAGGCUAUGGUAGAGCAUAUUUCUCCUGCACCUCCGCACACACUUGCACUGGUGACGGUACAGCUAUGGUGUCUCGUGCUGGCCUCUACAACGAGGACUUGGAGUUUGUCCAGUUCCACCCUACUGGUAUCUAUGGUGCCGGAUGUCUAAUGACUGAGGGUUGCCGAGGAGAGGGUGGUUACCUCAUCAACUCCCAGGGAGAGAGGUUCAUGGAGCGUUACGCCCCCGUGGCCAAGGAUCUCGCCUCACGAGACGUUGUAUCCAGGUCAAUGACCAUUGAGAUCAAGGAGGGCAGAGGCUGUGGCCCAGAGAAGGACCAUGUAUACUUGCAACUGCACCAUCUGCCUCCAGAUCAGCUGGCUACCAGGCUGCCGGGCAUCUCUGAGACUGCCAUGAUCUUCGCUGGAGUGGACGUCACCAGGGAGCCGAUACCAGUGUUGCCAACCGUGCACUACAACAUGGGUGGUGUGCCCACCAACUACAAGGGUCAGGUGCUCACCCUGAAGGACGGUGAGGACGCCAUUGUGCCAGGUCUGUACGCCUGUGGAGAGGCCGGUUGCUCCUCUGUACAUGGAGCCAACAGGCUGGGAGCCAACUCUCUGUUGGAUCUGGUUGUGUUUGGACGUGCCUGUGCCAAGGCCAUCGCUGAGGAGAACAAGCCUGGCGAGAAGAUUGGAGAUCUCAGUCCGAAUGCUGGAGAAGCUUCAGUCGCUAACCUGGACGGGGUGAGGUUUGCCGAUGGAGCAGUUCCGACGGCCACUCUGCGUCUCAACAUGCAGAAGACCAUGCAGGCCCAUGCUGCUGUGUUCAGAGAGGCAGAGAGUCUACAGGCCGGCUGCCGAAAGAUGGAGGCUAUCUACAAAGACCUUUCUGAUGUCAAGGUUCAUGACAGAAGCCUGGUGUGGAACACUGACCUGGUCGAGACUCUGGAACUGCAGAACUUGAUGAUCAACGCCAUGCAGACUAUAUUCUCUGCUGAGAACCGCAAGGAGUCCCGAGGAGCCCAUGCUAGAGAUGACUUUAAGCUAAGGGUUGAUGAAUACGACUACAGCAAGCCUUUGGAGGGACAGACACCCAAACCUAUGGAGCAGCACUGGAGGAAGCAUACCCUCACCAAGAUGGACAUUUCAACUGGAAAGGUGAUCUUCGAAUACAGACCUGUGAUUGACAAGACCUUGGAUGAGAAGGAAGCAGCUACUGUACCUCCAGCUAUUAGAUCUUACUAAGUGUGAUCCUUUCAACCUUUAGUAUUACACUUCAGUACUUAUCGAUAAAAAUCAGUAUUGAACUUCUAAUCAAAGCAUGAACUGCUGAUCGCUUUUAUUUAUUCAAUGUCGCACACUCGAAUCUCCAAAGAUAAAUGAAUUGUGAGAGUAUUUAUUUUUUUAAGGAACGACCUUAGCCGGAAUUUUGGAGUGGGGGUUUUAUUGAUCCGUUUUGUAUUAAAUUUGUAAAUAUUCCAUUUCCACCAUUACACUUUAUAUUGUGUUGGUUGAUUGUAUAGAUAGUUAAGUGUUUGGUUAUUAAUAAAAGUGUAAUAGCCCA